UGCGUUUGUCUUGUUCGCACAACCCUCAAACCGUCGUCGACGUUGAUGAGUUGCCUAGUGACGAAAAAGCUGCUGAUGAUUUCCUGUGUUUUGAAAGUCGUCUAGUUGCUAAUUUAGAAUACACUUUUUAAGUUAGAAGAAUGGAUUUAUUAUGUGCAACAAAUGGGAGAUGUGCAGAGGGUUUCUGUUAAGUAGCUAAAUUGUACCCUUUGGAGCUGGGGGAAGACGAGUUUGUAAUAAUUGAACAAUUCGAAAUCAUGAAUGACUACAUUUUUAUUAGAGUUGUUGGAAAGGGGAGUUAUGGAGAGGUGAAUUUGGUGAAACACAAAACCGACCGUAAACAGUAUGUCAUAAAGAAGUUAAACUUGAGCACGUCAUCGAAACGUGAGCGUCGAGCGGCGGAACAAGAGGCUCAGCUUCUUUCGCAACUACGACACCCAAACAUCGUGACAUACAGGGAGUCUUGGGAAGAAGACUGUCAGCUCUACAUUGUCAUGGGCUUCUGUGAGGGAGGCGACCUCUACCAUAGACUAAAACAACAGAAGGGAGAACUCCUGCCUGAAAGGCAGGUGGUUGAGUGGUUUGUCCAGAUAGCAAUGGCUCUCCAGUAUUUACAUGAGAAACAUAUUUUGCACCGGGACCUGAAGACCCAGAAUAUCUUCUUGACCAAGACUAACAUAAUCAAAGUGGGAGACCUUGGUAUUGCCCGGGUUCUGGAGAAUCAGAACGACAUGGCCAGCACUCUGAUAGGAACUCCGUACUACAUGAGCCCAGAGCUGUUCUCCAACAAACCCUACAACCACAAGUCUGAUGUGUGGGCACUGGGCUGCUGUGUGUACGAGAUGUCUACCCUGAAACAUGCUUUCAAUGCCAGAGACAUGAACUCUCUGGUGUACCGUAUUGUAGAGGGAAAGUUGCCUCAAAUGCCAAGUAAGUACGACCCUCAGCUGGGAGAGCUGAUAAAGAAUAUGCUCUGUAAAAGACCAGAGGACAGACCCGACGUCAAACUCAUCCUACGUCAGCCAUACAUCAAACGACAAAUCAGCAUGUUUUUAGAAGCCACCAAAGAGAAAACUGCCAAGUCCAGAAAGAAAAUGGUUGGUGGCAGUAUCAGACCCAAUGGUGCUGCUUCUGUGGUUUCGUCUCAGCUAAGACCUGAGCGCCUCCUUAAAUGUCCUCCGGCAGACCCAAACACUAGAGGGAAAAGGAAGGAAGAGUUCAACUGCCAGCAGCCCAGAGGGCAUAAUGGAAUCACAGACAACACCACACCACAUGCACAUCGAACACUAAAAUCCCCUACACUGGACAAUCUGAACCGCACUGAAGCAUCCUUGGCUACCAUCAGUAACAUUGACAUUGAUAUCCAGCCAGAGGAAGAGGGGAGAAAAGCCCAUAGAGGGAAUUCUCCCCAGACAGGCCAUAAGGGCAGACCAGACACACUGUGCUCUAAGAGGCUCAUGGAGGAGCGGAGGGGGGGGAAACAGGAUCCAUCCCACCCUGUGUCUCCCACUUGCAGUUUGGUUUCCGGUGUUAUUAGCAGGGGAGAGGAGAGGAGGAACACUGGACCUGAAGUGCAGUGCCUUCAGAAUCCCAGAAUUAGACUGAGAAACUCUAGAGAGAAAAAUUUGACCCUGGACAAUAAGGAUGAUCCAAAGGAUCUAUUUAAAGAUGUGGUCAUGGAGAGUCCAGCUUCUGAAGGGAGCAUACGUUUGGAUGUUUCUGCAGGGGAACUCAAAGAGGAAACAUCUGAACAGGCUUUCCAAGUAACUACAGAUCACAAAGAUGAGACUGCAAAUCUUCUGAAAGAGGAUCCCACACAGGAUCAUCCUGCAGACAUCAGAGAGAGCUUGGAAUCCACGGAAAAGCUUCUAGAGCCCCUUCCUCCUGUGAUAACACGGGAACCUUGGCACAUUCAGCCCCUGUCUCCAGUCGUGGAGCAGGAUACGCCUCCUCCGUGUACACCCUCCUUGUCUGAGCCCUUGGUCUCCUGUCAACACAGGCACAAGGACAGAGGGCGGAUACAGGGUGAUGAAGACAAGUUUACAGAGGCAGCUCCUAGACCUCUACCCCCACCUCCUGAUGAUGGUCUGGGAGUAGAAAUGAAGCCGAGGAGCACGACAAACACAGAGAAUAACAGGGCAGCAAUGAGAACCAUUAGCACCACCAAGGACAAAAACAAUGUACUGCCACAGGAGCGCCCUCUCUCAGCCAGGGAAAGGAGAAGACUGAGGCAGUCCCAGGAGAACCCCCACCAACCAGUUCUCAAUGCAGUAAGGUCAUCGCAUGAUGCUGCCUCUUUACAUAAUAAGCCACAAGACUUCCAGAAUCCAGCUGUUACUCGCUCUGUAUCUGACAUGAGCAAGGAAACUGACAAGGACAGGUUGCUAAACAGACCGUCAGACGAGGAUGAAUGCUGCUCCUCCACCAGUUCAACAGACCGCUCAGAGGGGGACUGCAAAGAGGGAAACAGUGAAUCCCAUGAUAUGCAGGAUCUGGUUCAGAUGAUGACCCAGACAUUGCGAAUGGAUGGCAGGGAUUCUGUUUGUGAGCUAGAUGGUGUUAGAUCUGUCUCUACUCCACUGGCAGAGUUCAAGCGCAGUAGGAAGUACAGGGACACACUGGUGCUGCAUGGGAAAGCAAGAGAGGAGCCAGAGGAGUUCCAGUUCAAUGAAUUGCCCACAGGCACCACAUCUGGACCGGCGAAGAUCCGCAGAGCCAUUGAGCUCCUGAGAUCAGAUGUGGUGAAGGGACUGGGAUUGAAGCUGUUGCACCGGGUCCUGGAGAUAAUGGAAAAGGAGGAUGACGAAGACAGACGAGAGCUGUGUCUUCGUAAGCAGAUGGGAGAGGACAAGUACCAGUCAUACGCAUUAAUGGUGCGGCAGUUAAAGUUUUUUGAGGACGUUUCUUUCAAAGGUUAGGAUCAGCUAAUGCAUUGGUUAUCAACUGUUGUUUCAUGAACCAAAUUUGGAAGGUUUUGAAUGGCUUGCAGGUGUGAGUAAAAAUCCUCCCAUAUACAUUAGCGGACACUCAGUGACAUACAGUAGACAUUUACAUUUAAAUGUAAUUUAUUUUUGUAUUUAUAUACAGCUCUGGAAAAUGUUAAGAGACCACUGC